AGGUGGCGCCUACCGAAGCACAUUAAUAGAAGCAGCAAGAGCUGGAGAGUACAGAGCCCUCCAGACCGGCGGAGGUACAAGAGGUCGCAAGAUGAGGCUCCUGGUGUCACUACUGGCGCUCCUGCUGGUCGCCGCCGCCGCCGCCUCAGCUGCCCCAAGCCCAGAGACCACUGAACCAUCUAAGGACGACCCAGACGAGGGUGCUGAAGGUGCUCCUCCAGCCGUGGUGGUGGCGGCCACCAGGAGGACUGCGCGUCGACGGGGCUCCGAACCUAAACCAGGUCCUGAGAGCAAUGGCGUCCCGGGGUUACUGUUCUCCAACAUAACAGUGGAGACGACGACGGAGGGAGAGGUUAGGGACGUCACCACCACCACCACCACCACUACACCGCCGCCCUCAGGAUUAUUCAGCUUCUUCAGCGGCGGGGGCAGCGGGAGCGGCGGCGCCUGGGGCUACCCACAGGUGGAGAGCGGCCACAGUGACCAGGACCCCACGUCUCCAGUGGGGGACCAGGCCAGGGAGGCCAUCCCUGAGGCUUCACCGGACACGGCUGCCCCAACACCCCAUUUUGAAAGAGUCAAACUACGUGGCUUCUAACCUGGUCUUGUUGCUGCCGUGACGCCGGGGACACCAGCUCAUCGUGUCCCUACUGGGAUAUGUACACAGAGGUGUACCCUGCUUCUCGGUACAUAUAUACAGAGUUUACUACCUGAAGUUCUGAGCUAUUUUCAGGGCUACAGUGUACUUGAUAAUUGGUCAGUAAGCUAUUGUGGCCGGCUUGAUAACCUUCCAGAGGUUGACAGGCCUCAAUAACCUUCCAGAGGUUGACAGGCCUCAAUAACUUUCCAGAGGUUGAUAAGUCCUUACUGCAAUACCAGCUAAGAUCUUUCUCACUGAUGUAAGUGCUGCUUCAUCUCUACAUAAAGUGUUCUUAUACUGUUGGGUUAUACUGAAUAUUAAUGCUUUAUCCGUGUACAAAAUUGCACGGGACACGAUGAGGUUGAGGUAUGGUGGAGUGUCAACCAAAUGUUCCACGUAAACCUCUUGAGGAACUGUGACUGCAGCCUGUUAAUAAUGUGACAGUUGUUAACUGUAACGACACGCUUUGGGCCAGUUCUUAUAUAUAUAAAGCAUACUCUGUAGCUUGUUUAUUUAUUAAUAAAGAUUUUACACACUG